AUGAGACAUCACGUUGCCAAACUACUGGAAACUAUUUUAAAAGAUGCCAUGUCUCCGGAUACGAUUAAAAAUGGGUUUCGAGUUUGUGGCCUUUAUCCCUUUGAUGCAAACAACGUGGAUUACUCCAAAAUAUUACACAAGCAACACACAAAAGAAGCAGACGAUACUAAUAAGCAAGAUAACGUGAUGAAUGAUGAUGUUAAAAACUGCUUAAACGUUUUGGAAGCUAAUAUUUCAGCAAAUUUACUUCAAAUUAUGAAGAAACACAUUUUGAAAGACGAAUGGAAAAUCAACGAUAACACCCACGAAGACACCCAAAAUGAAGAACACGUUCCUCAAGAAGUUACUAAACCCUCUGAAGAAGUUUCACAGGAAGUCUGGCAAGAAGUAAUUGAGGAUUUUCAUGUUACAGCUGAGUCGGAUAAAAACCACAUAAUCCCAGAAGAAUAUCAUCAAGUUCAUGCUGCCAUAACAUUUGACUCCCGAUAA